ACGAAUUUAUGCACCACAACUUCCUUUCUACAACCGAACAGUUAUUUCCUCAUUACUUCCACAAGGCCGUCUUGUCAUAUGGCUCUCGCAUGAUACUUAUCAUGCGUCACAGUCAAUGCAUAUUGAGCCAGUAAUCAAAGUGUCAAGCACAGCCUUCACUCCUCAUCACUUCGUUUCGAAUAGACGGCUGGACGCGCCACCAUGUCUGAGUAUCAAGCGCUUAAGGCGCGAGCUUUGGAGAUGCAGCGAGAGAAGGAGGAGGCUAUGAAAAUGGAGCUGGCUGCAAAACAAGAAAGGGAAAAGCAACUUGCCCGUGAACAAGAAGAACGGCGGAAGCGGCUGGAAGAAGCAUCCAAGGAAGCUCGUCGACGUGAAUUAAUGCGCGCACAUGAGGAGCUAAAUCGCAAGACGGGUGGCGCAGGGAACCGUGUCUCCCAAGCAGAAUAUGACCCCUUUGCAGAGGACGUGAAGCCCAUUGCUACGGCCAACAUUCCUAAGCCUUCUGCCCGAAGUGGUCCUUCUAAGAUUUCUAAGACUUCUUUAAACAAGCCUGCGUCAUCCUCUUCGACGAAGGCAAGCACCAGUAAUAAAUCAGGGAAUUCGAAAAAUGGAGGACCCUCCAAAGGCUCGUCCCCACCAGUCACAGCUGUGUUAGGUCGCAAAGAGAAGGCCGCACGCCUUUUUGCUCAAAAGGCCAAAAAGUCUGCAGCGGACAGCCUAUUUUCAGUCCGGUCGCUCGUAGAAUCACGUGAACCUGCACAGGUGCGUGUUACACCACGCGCAGGGCCAUCUCAAGUUCCUCCUACCUCCAUGAAGACCGAAAUGAGAGGGAAGGCGAAUGGGGGCGGGCGGAACGCCGCUGUGCGGUCUCGACUUAUGAUGAAUGGAAAAGAAGAACUGAGGAAGCUCUGCCCUGACCGGGAUGUCAGGGAUAGGAGAAGCAUUGAUGAGAUUUCGAGAGAUCUCAAAGCAAAGCGCUUACUGACAGAUGAGUCUUCCCCGCAAAAGAAUUCAAGGCCCCUCACGGCUAGUAUGUCCAAAUUAUCAAUUCCGUCAUCUAAAGCUCGUGAAAAGCGACCCAUAUCGAAUCCGCCUUCUGAGAAAAGGCGCCGCUAUUCCCUUGAUGACUCUACGGACUCUGAGUCCGAAUCGUCUUCCUCUCGGCAAGCUAAGCGUCGCCCCAAAAAGCGUUCGCGGUCACCGCCUAGUCAAUUUUCAGAACCUUCCGCCGCCUUCAUCUCCGCUGAGAUUCAGGCUUUGUUCCGAAGACCCGGUCGUUCGGGGCCCAAAUACGCAGAUGAUUUCAGCGAUGCUUCCAGCGACGACAUGGAGGCUGGUUUGAGUGAUGUAGAAAUAGAAGAGAGGAGAGCAGCCAAGAUUGCACGACUGGAAGAUGAAGCUGCCGAGAAGGAAGAGAGAGAACAUAAACUGAGGAAAGAAGCACUGAAAAAGCAGAAACUGAAGGGUGGAAAGGCUUAGAGGAAGCCUGGUCAAACUGUUUGGUUUCGUGGGGAAUUCUGUUGUUUUAUUGUACACCGUCCCGAUCAUAAUAAUGCAUAGCUCUCGAUGGUCUAAUUGUCAUCUGUGGUGGUCGGGAAAAUAAGCGUCUGACCUAUGUCAGUUAUGACAAAUCUUCCUUUCUCGGCCUCAAUGGUAUCCCACUCUGGGCUCAC